CAUCAGAAGAAAUUCAAUUCAGUUUCGCCUUUUAUUUCCUUUGCUUCUACAUGCAAUAACCUGAAUUCCACAUAUUAGAUUURAUGCAUUUUUGUAAAUGUGAAUCUACCUAACACAAAAUUUCCGAGCGAGGAAAACUGCGAGAGAUCAACGACUGUUGCUCGACUCCAUGAAGCUUGAAAUUCUCAGGCUGUAAGCUUAACUUACAUUUCAUCUACAACUUUAAUAUAACGAAGAGGGAGAAGUGGUUUUCCUAUCGAGCUCCUCUCAUGUCUUCUGAGAACAGCUUUGUAAGUGACCAUACAGUAGUGAAGGUAAAUGACAAGAGCAAACGAGUGAUUUUAAGACAACGUCUGGCCAUCCAAGGACUGGUGGUAUUAUGUCUUGUGGUGACGAUGCUGUUUGUAUGGCAACUCACCGUCAAUGUCACGAACAACAAGACUUCAAGCAAGGGAAACCGAAAACCAGACAAAACUGAUAAUCUUCUCAAGAUAGAAGGACAGCCGUGUCCGAUUGUUCCGUCUCAGCAGCUACUCCCCAGGCUACUACCGGUCACAGUAAGCAACGCCUUGGACGUUGUUGACGUUGUUUAUCGAUCGUUGACCGAACUGGAUGAAUUGGAAGGAUUAGCGGCRAGYCUAGURUACAAAGAUAAAGUCGUUUGGAAGAAAACAUUUGGAGUCAAAGACAAAAAAGACGCCACUUCCACGRCUCCCGAUGAAAAUACUGUAUUCAGGGUGGCGAGCGUCAGUAAAAUUCUAACGGUGCUGUUUGUGUUUAAUUUGCUGCGCACUGGAAGUAUAUCUAGCCUAGACGAUCACCUUGACAAAUAUGAGCCUAACUUUGUUGUGGUUAACAAAUUCAAUUCGGACAAGAUUACGCUAAGACACAUUUUGACUCAUACAUCUGGUCUACCAAGAGAAGUACCGUGUGGAGAGAACUGGUCUAAAAGUAGCACCAAUCUAUGUCCUGUAAAUACCACCUAUGUACUGGAAAAGCUUAAAACUAUGUCUCUGAAAUCGCCUCCUGGYCGAGAACCAAACUACAGUAAUCUAGGUUUUGCUCUUAUGGCUCGUAUUCUUGCCCAGCGGUUUGCCAAUGGAAACUACGAGGACUGGGUCAUACGUAACAUUCUUCUUCCAUUAAAUAUGAGAAACUCUGGGUUUAACGUAAAAAGUAUGUCAAGUAAUAGAGCAUUGAGUUAUGGACUGAAUGGACUCAACUCCAAUGUGGACUGGGGCUGGGCUGCGCCUGCAUUCCAGUUGUACUCAUCAGCAGCGGAUUUAUCAAAGUUAAUGAUGGCAUUUUUCCAAGCCGCUCCUUUAAGGAUGGUGAGACCAGAUCUACUUAUUCAGAUUCUUACACCAAACUUUGUCUACCCCGAUGGCACAACAAUGGUUGGGAUGGGAUGGGAGAUGAAGCUCACAGGAUCGUAUAUAUUGGUAUCUAAGUCUGGAAUUGUUCCUGGAUAUUCUGCUGGGUUUGUGUUCUAUCCAAAGCUACAGUUAGGUGCUGUUGUUCUCAUGACUGGCCGAGAAAUUGCACCGUUAGGAGCCGAGCUACUGCUGAAACCUUUAGCACAACGAUUUGUGCUAUACAUGGUGAAUCAAGUACAGAUCAAAGCCCCCCCUGAUCCUAAGAAGUACCUAGGUGCGUACGAUCUCGUCUCGAAAUGGAUACAAACGGUAGUUUUUAAUAUAACACUACAAGACAAUGUACUUCAACUAAAGCAGUCACCAGGCUUCCCUCAAGUCUCAUAUCUUAAUUUCAUUGAAGACAAUCUAUUGGAAUUAGUAUAUAAACCAGGGUUUACGUGUCCAGUUUAUGGAAUGGGACAAAACCACGAAAGACUACGCUUCAAAGACGCUGAUUCUAGUGGACGAUCGCCAGGUUUUCAGUUCGGUUCAUUUCAGUUUGUAAGAGCUAAACACACGAGUAAAUCUCUGGUAACGCCCGUCAAUUCUAAAAUGCCUUUAUCGAAAAUAUUUUAAAUACUACGACGAUAAAAAAUCCAUGCAGCCCUGGAUAUGAGAUGAUAUCCUAGUKCUUGAGUAGCCAAUCAAAGCGRGAGGUGCUGUUUUGUGGUGAAUAUGAUACAUAUUUGACGAAUCUGCUGGCAGAAAUCAGAAGUACUGGUGCAUUUUGACAUUAUUUAAGUGCGCACAUCGUACGGCAUUAGCGCUUAUACUGGUCCUAGUGACUGGGUGCGUAAUGCUCUCUGGGAAAGCCAUUUCUAUUUAUUGGUACACGGCAAAACGUCUAGAGUAGAUAUAUUUAUUAAACGAUUAAUCUUGUUGAUAUCGCGCGUUUCAUAAAAAAAUCGUUUUUACACAAAGUAGGUAUGGUUUGUAUUGAAUUUUGUAUUAUAUAUUUAAAGGAAAAUAAUAUAUAUUUUUUUGGGCAUAUAGUUUGAAUACGAUAGUAUAUAGUGUGAAGAACAAGAGAAGAGUACUAUAUUUAUGAUAUAAUAAUAAUUAAUAAAGAAAAAAUUGAAAAC